CUAACAGUUAAUCCAGCUUGCCAUGGCGAGGCUGUUCACCAUCAUCUCCUCCUUCACCGUCCUCCUCCUCCUCCUUAGUGAUGUGGGGAUGGCGGUGGAGACCGCCCCCAAAGUGGCCGGCGGCGACGCCAAUGUCAAAAGGUUGUGCACCGACACGCCCUACCCGGACCUCUGCGCCGACAUGAUCGCACGCUACGACGAGUGCAAAGGCGCCGACGACAAGAAGCUGGUGGGGAUGGCGGCGCUCACCACCGCCACCCUCCUUCUUAAAGCGUCCGGGGACGCGAGCCCGGGCCUUCAGAAGCAGCGCUACCCAGACCUGACCAAGGCCGACGAGGUCUGCUUUGAAACCUGCUACAAGGAGCUGACCAAUGGCGGCGAAAAACUCGACAAUUUGUGCACGAGCAAAGAGGGCUCGGACGACAUCGGCAUGGCCCAGCUCCCCGAAAUCCGCAGCUUCAUCAAGGAGAACAACGGGGCGCAUGCCCAGUGGAAUUGCGAUAGGUGUCGCCCUGCGAAUGACAAGAAGACACCCGACGAUGUCUCCAAGAAGAACGAUGCCGAGAAGGCCAUGGCUGUCCUGGAGGUGCUCGUCAACAAAGUGACCAAAUAAAGAAAAACAAACCCUCAUUGCAUACUACUAGCUCUUGUUAAAGUUGUUUGAUUUUUAGUUUCCUUGAGUAUAUAUGUACGGUCAUGGUUUUGUUUUCUGGUUGACUUUGGUAAUUAAACAAAUUAACUACUACUCCA